CUCCUCCUCGCGAGCUCAAACGAUGGCUUUCCAGAGUCCAACUAUCUCCCCCAAGAGCCUCAUCAGCUCCAUAAGACAAACUGAUUACAGCAAAUGGCAAAGAGACAAUGUGGCACAGAAGUCCGCACUGAAAUUAAACAUGCCUCCGAUUUCGGCAUCAAAGGACUUGAAGAAGGAAGGGGGUGUCAGUUCUCCAGAAAAGCCUAAAGAGAAGAAAAUAGAAUGGGCAGCGACUGCAAAAGCGGUCGUGAGAAUGAUGCCCCCUAUGCGACAGAAGCCCACUUGGAAUCUAAGUAUGACAAAGGAAAUGGCCCGGGCCAAGAGGCUGGAGAAUAUCAAAAUCAUUCAGAGGUUUAUCAAGCACAAGGCAAACAGCUUGGAAGAAAUAAAACGCCAUUCCAACUUUCUCCUGGAGAAAAACCGGGCGCUGAUGGAGGAGAUCAAGGAGAUGGAUGCAGACACCGUCAUCCAGGCCAGGGGCCUUCUCCAGCAGUACGACAUGUUUGGGACAAUCAUCCGAUCUCUUCGGGACUCAAGUCAGAACCAAGCUGGUGUAGCAAAAGCAGAUCUUGCGGCAGCAGAGAAAAUGGUGGAGAAGAAUUUGGGAAAACUGGAUCAGGAGAUGAAACGCAUGCAGGCCAAAGUGCACGUCCUCCAAGAAGAGCUCAACAUCCUGAAAACCUACAUGGACAAGGAAUACCCGGUGAAAGCCGUCCAGAUAGCCUCUCUGAUGCGCAGCGUCCGAAACCUGAACGAAGAGCAACAGGAUGAGCUGGAGGAGAUGGAGGAUAUGUUCAAAAGGUACCUGGAAAAUAUGAAGACGAAGGCGCGAGAGGAGCGGGAGCGCUUUAUGCAGCACGUUACAGAGAAGAUACUGACGCAAUACCAGGAUGGCCUUCACCAGAUGGAUAAGAACAAUUUGGAGCUGAGAAGGCAAAUAAGCGCUCAGAAGGAGGUAAUUGAUGGACUGGUGAAAGACGUCACCUCUUUGCACAAGAACCUCAUAAUGCUCCAUCACUCCACUGGGGAUCCGCGGGAAGUGAUCUUCGCAGACGUCCUCCUCCGUAGACCCAAGUGCACCCCAGAUAUGGAUAUCGUUCUCAACAUCCCCACGGACGAGGAUUUCCCCCUGUAGCUGCUGGAAACGAGCUUGGGAUUAUGCACCUCGAUCGCACAACGCCCUCCCUGUAGGCAUCUGGGAGCCAAUUUCCCUCCUGCUUUGCUGAGCUACACCCAAAGCCAACGGCCUGCCUUACUCCCGGUCCGGCGUCUUUGAACCUUCCUGCUAAGAACCGCUGCAGGGGCUUUCCUUGGCAUCCCUGCCUGCAAAUAUUCCAGCAUUAGAUUCUAUUAAAGCCAGUCCUAUCUGUUCAAA